CGUCCCGUAUUCGGUGCUGUUUUGUGCGGCGCUGAUAUUUUUGAUAUCUUUCCAAAAAGUGAGGAAAGCCUGAGGUUUCGCCCAGUAAGGUCUGCUUUCCACAAUUUUUAAAUUAAGCUGUAGUGGGUGAGGUGGUGUCAUUAUUAUUCACCAGACAGCAUGUGAGAAACACAACUAACGUAGCAAGAAGAACGGUCUUCAAACUGAUAUUUUUAUCAUUUAAUUUAGACUGAUAUGUGGUACUAAAAUGCCACUGCGGAUAAUUCUCGCUGUGACAGGGACUUUUACCACGGUCCUUCUGUCAUAUUUUGGAGUGUCCAGUGGAUUAACAGGACAUGUUUGCAACAGAACAGAAGAGAGGAACUUUACAAGAAGUGUACAACUGUAUCGAUAUUGUAAUUAUUACAGAUCGUGUGGAUUCUGGGGAUUGAGCAGAUGUAUUAGAUACAGGUCCUGUAGUUCAUACGGCCUGACCUAUGAAAUGCGCAACGUGACAGUAGAGUACUGCUGUGAGGGGUGGUCUGCAGGAGUCAACGCCACAAACACUAGUAGCUGCGACAUACCCGUUUGUACAGCAGGGUGUGGGAAUAAUGGCGAAUGUAUAGCUCCCGACACCUGUAAAUGCCAGCCGCCUUACCAUGGACCUACCUGUAACGAAACCUAUGACCCCUGUCAAAUCACAAGGGAACUCGCGGUGGGUUUUGAGCGGAGCACAAAUAAUACGAACUUCACCGCAGACCCUAAAUGUGACUCUACCCUGCUUAGGACCUGGUAUAAGAUAGGCCACUCCGCCAUUUUUCAUAUGCCUACAACCUGCCCUGGGUCACCGGCUUGUGGGACCACUGGACCUGUUUGGGUGAAUACAACCAACACGACUAUACCAGCGGGUACCAUGGUAUCAUUAGAAGCAUGUGUUGGGUCUCCUGACAGCUGCUGUGAGUCUUUGCUGCCAGUGCAAAUUAAGAAUUGCACACUCUUUACGGUCUACUAUCUAAGUCCGACGUUAGCAUGCCCACAAUCCUAUUGUUUUGAGGUUCCCCCCUGCCUUGACUGUAACAGACCAGUGUGUCCAUAUGGGUACCGAUAUGACUACAAAACGAUAAGUUGUAAAGAUAUAGAUGAAUGCGCUCUCGAAAACGACGGGUGUAGGGACACUUGCAUUAACACCCACGGCUCCUACUACUGUGAAUGUAGGGACCCUGGUUUUACUCUGUCAGCCAACCGUCACACUUGUCGAGAUAUAAACGAAUGCGCUGUCAAUAACGGUGGUUGUGGUGACGUUUGCAUUAACACCUACGGCUCCUACAAGUGUGAAUGUAACGACGCUGGUUUCACGCUGUCAGCCGACCGUCACACUUGUCGAGAAAUCGAAUGGUGGGAAGACACACGGCUGUACCCCUUUGGAAAAAACGCUGGGGACAACAAUACACAGGACGACUUGAACCGGUUGGACUUGUCUUGGAUUAAUAGAAGGUGGCGGAACUAUGAUGAUGUCUGCCUAAGGGUGAAGUUACUCAGGGCAGGGUUUCCCUUCUUCAACGGACGACAUUACAACGUUCAUAUCUGCAACAAUGGCGUUCUACAGUUCAAACACGAAUGGAAACUUCGCAUGCCGUGGCGCUUUGGCACACGUUACUGGAUGAACCGCUAUGCUCAGAUCGCACCGUUUUGGGGCCGCAGUGACGCCACUUUAUUUUCACGAUUCAGUGUGAAUAGGAAUAAGACGCUGGUGUAUUAUCAAGUGUAUGAGAUGAAUGACGGGAAGCCUGGGACAGAAGCCAUCAUUGCCCGAGCUACGGCCGAUGUUAAACAUUACACCCAAAUAUAUAAGCAACCACUCACAGGUGAUUGA